GCUUCAAUCAACAAUUUCAAUAUUCAAUUCAAUAAAGUAAGUAAAACUAAAAAAACAUUAUAGUAUCAUGAAUUUAAUUAAAUUAAAUUUAAUUCAUUAAUUUAUUUGUUGAAACAAACACAACACAAGUAAGCAAAACACCAAACCAAACCAAACCAAACCAAACCAACAACCUUCUCUUUAAUUCAUUCUCACGAAAACGCCGUCGUUUUGAUAACGCCGGCGAAAUGGCCGAGAAAGCGAAGCCGCAACAACAACAGCGCUUCGCGUUCUCGCUUCCGGUAACCGUCGUCGUUUCAUCAAUCGUUUACAUUUACAUUUCCACCAUCUUCGUUUUCAUUGAUCGAUGGUUUGGUCUUUUCUCUUCACCUGGAAUCGCAAACGCCGUCGUUUUCACCGCUAUCGCUUCGAUGUGUAUCUUUUCUUACCGCACCGCUAUUUCCACGGAUCCGGGUCGGGUUCCGUCUACUUAUACACCUGAUAUUGAAGAUAAUCAAACCCCUAUGCAUGAGAUCAAACGCAAGGGUGGAGAUUUGCGAUAUUGCCAAAAAUGUUCUCAUUAUAAGCCUCCCCGUGCACAUCAUUGCCGGGUUUGUAAAAGAUGUGUUCUACGUAUGGAUCACCAUUGCAUUUGGAUAAAUAACUGUGUCGGUCAUGCAAACUACAAGAUCUUCUUCAUUUUUGUCAUGUAUGCUGUAGUUGCAUGCAUUUACUCCAUGGUCUUACUUGUUGGUAGUCUAACUUAUGAUGGUUUAUCGGAUGAAGAGAAAAACGGCGGCUCUUUCAGAACUGUAUAUGUUGUUUCUGGGAUCUUACUAGUCCCCUUAUCUAUAGCAUUAUGUGUUCUUAUAGGAUGGCAUAUUUAUCUCAUCCUACAUAACAAUACCACAAUAGAGUAUUAUGAAGGAGUGAGGGCUUUGUGGCUUCAAGAGAAGGGUGGGAGUAUCUAUAAACAUCCAUAUGACCUUGGCCCAUAUGAGAAUUUGACAUCGGUUUUGGGACCGAAUAUCCUUAGCUGGCUGUGGCCAACGGCAAACCAUAUAGGUUCUGGACUUCGGUUCCGCACUGUCUAUGAUCUCUCAAAAGCUGCAUCAACAUCGAAAUGAGUUUUCACAUUCCUUUGCAGUGGUAUAUUAACAUUUGUUGAGAAGAAAAAUUAUGUGAUGACACUGCUGAAUGACUGGUAAGGUGCUAUCUGCUAUCCCAAAUUCGAAAUAUAUAGAUUAGCCUUUUCACAAUUGCUGAAGUGUAGGUGUUGAAGAGCUGUAUGCUGCAUAUACCUGAGGCAAUUAUGUAAUGUAUAUGCUCAUAAGGAUAUCGAUAACAUACAGUUUUUUCUUUCUCUGUUUUUUUUAACCGUUUGUUAGACAUAGAAUAGGCUUCUUUUCCUCCGCUCCCCAUCUUCCGGUCUUGUUAGGUUUUGGAUGAUGUCGGGUUACAACUGUAGAGUUUUGUUGAUAAAACUAAUGUACAAAGAAACCAGCUCAUCAAAGUGCUGUGCUGUCAAGGCAUUGCUUAACCAUUGUGAAAAGUUGUAUUUUAGAACUGUAUUUUAUGUAUCUUAAAAUUGAUGAAAUAAUAACAUAGUUAUAUUA